AUGCGUGACGUCAACGCUCCGGAAACGCUGAUUGGCCCAAUUACUUGGCGCGCUCCUGGAGGAGCGCUGAGGAGAGCCACGGCACGACAGUGGCGACCGGCUCCUCCCUGGCGUAGCGAGCGCUCUUGGACGCCCAGUGGUUGCUACGACCACUUGCGUCGGCCUCUGAAGACCCCUCAGGAACGGCUGCAGUUGAGUCCAAGAACGCUGGGUGAGUCCAGUGGAGCCCUGGGUGGAGCCAGACACCCAGCAUCGCCUCCCCAGCGAUGGAAAAUCUCAGAGAGGAUGAAUUCGGUGGUAGCUUACUACCCCCGGGGACUGGAAAUGCUGAAAGUCUACCAAGAUCAUAUGCAGCCAGAAUACACCUAUGAACAGAAUCGACAACAACUAAUAAGAUCUGGAAUCCUUAAGCCCUCACCGAGCAUGAUGGACAGGUCUUCACUUACCAUCCAGGAGUCUCCAGAGGCCGUGAAGAGGAAGCAGCUCCAGCGCUCCUCUGCUGAAAUGUUCGCUCCUUCCCCUUCUAAAGUGCCACGCACGGGUAUUGGGAGAAGAGGGCUCUUCGCAAAGAGGUCUUCGACUUACCCUAAGUACAUCUUCCACGACCGAGAGGAAGUCGUCAAAGCCAACAUUAGAGACCCUUUGCAGAUCAUCAAGAUCAUCCAUGAGAACGAGCAUCUCGGAUUCCUGUACAUGAUUUCGGCAGUGCCCAAGUCUUCCAUUGAAUACGAUACAUAUAAUCUAAAGGUCGUAAGUUAUGAGAACAUCAAUAAAAGUGACUACUACACAAUUAGCAAAAAAGCAGUGACCCACGUUUACAAUGAUGACAUCGAGUACAUCGAGAUCGAGCGAUGGGAGCAGGAGUAUCUGUACCACAGAGAACUCACCAAGAUCCCCAUAUUCUCGCUCUUCCGGAAAUGGAAGGCUUUCAGCGUUUGGAGGAAGAAUGUCCGCUCCAAAAAAAUCACCGGCUGUCGGAAAGCACUACAAAAAAAUCUGUUCAUUGUUAAUCCUUAUCUGCGACCAGCUCUUCUUAAGAUUAAUGAGAUGUGCUACCAACUGAGUUUUAUGGGACUUUGUUAUAUUGAAAAAUUCCACACCUACACCCUGCAGGAGUUCAAGGCUGCGCAAAUUGUGCGACUACAGGAGGUCACAGAGCACCUCGAUGAUUUCCGAAAUGAGGCGAAAGAUGUGGUCAGGAGGUCGUGCCGCUUCGCCUUACGUGCUGCGGGAUUUAUUCCUGAUGACUGUGUGUUCGAGCCCUGUGAGGAUUACUUUAAGAUAAAUAUAGCAAGUUUUGUUGAAGCUCCAUUUGAUUUGCCAACUUAUGGAGAAUCUGAAAAGAUGACCUACACAGAACAGGCCAGCAAAAGGCAUCACUGCACGAGGCUCACAUGCUUCAUCCGUCUGAAUGACUACCUAAUUCAGAACACCCUGCACGUCUUAACAGUGAACACUGCCAGCUCGCUUCUGAGUUUUCUCUCUGACAAACUAAAGCGAACGCCCUCAGCAGACAUCAUUCAGAAAUGGAUUACUGAAGAGAAGCCUGAAGUCACCGAGAAAAAGGGGGCCCCCAUAAUGGAAAAGCAGGAAGAAGAUGAGUCUCUCAUCCCCAUGUUCCUCACAGAACUGAUUCUGACGGUGCAGUCACUACUCUUCGAGCCGUCUUUGGAAGAUUUCCUGGAUGGCAUUUCUGGGGCAAUCAAUCAUUUUCAAAACACUGUGUUGUCAGUUCCUAAUCUGGUGCCCGACUCAUACUUUGACGCCUUCACCAGCCCAUUCAUUAACAGGAAGCUGGAAGAGAAGACCUGUGGCCCUGGACCGAGCCUGUCAGCGGUGUUUGAGGAUGACAGGAAUUUCCUCACCAUCAUCCUGCAAAUAAAGGAAACAAUCCACGCAGCAUUCGAUUCUGCAUGCUUGUACGCAGCAACGUUUGAAAAGUUUCAGAUAUUCUUCAAGGAAAAUGAGAGUCUUGAUCUGCAGGCGCUGAAGCAGCAGGAGCCUGAUGUCAAAUUCUUCAGUACACAGCUGGAAAAAUAUCACAAGCAGCACAAGGACUCGGUAGCCCUGAGACCCACCCGAAACGUAGGCCUGCUGCUUAUUGACACCAAGCAGCUGAAAGAGAAACUAAUCCCCUCGCCGCUGCGGUGUUUGGAGGUACUAAAUGGCAUGCUUCCCUGUUUGAGCAAGAAAAAAGUGGAUGCCAUCAUCUCAGAGGCCCAAGAUGCAGAGUAUAAGCUCGAGUUCGUUCCCACCACGACCAUAGAGUAUGUAAACAGCCUAGUCUUCCUUGACGAAAUCCAGGAGCGGAUCGAAAGCCUGGAGGAAGAAGGGAACAUCGUGAUUCAGAUGUACAAGCUCAUUGAGCAGUAUCAGGUGCCCACACCUCCUGAAGACUUCGCGGUUUUCGCCACCAUGAAGCCGUCCAUUACUGCCGUGCGGAACGCCAUUGACAAAUCAGUGGGUGAUCGAGAAACAAGCAUUAAACAGUUUUGUACGCACUUGGGUCGCGAUCUUGAAGAUCUCAACAAUGAAGUGAACGAAGUCAAGCUGCUGGCACAGGACCCACAGAUCUUGGAUAUUUCUGCUGACCAGGAUAAAAUAAAGUUGAUGCUGAGUGAUCUGCAGUCCAUCCUGGAUGACCUUCAGAGACGUGCCUUUCAGUAUAAAUCCUACCAGAAGAAUUUCAAGGUGGAAGUGUCCAAGUUUGAUGCUUUGGAAGAAGUGAGUGCUGAGCUGAAGCUCAAGCAGCUGCUCUGGGACUCCCUGUCCGAGUGGGAUAAACUCCAACAGGAAUGGCUGAAGUCCAAAUUUGACUGAUUGGAUCCAGAAGCCCUAAACAGUCAAGUUACUAAAUACGCUAAAUUUGUGACACAAUUGGAAAAGGGUUUGCCGCCCAACAACGUGGUGCCCCAGCUCAAAUAUAAGGUGGAAAGGAUGAAAGAAAAGCUUCCUGUGAUCAUUGACUUGAGGAACCCAACUCUGAAGGCGCGACACUGGGCAGUUAUUGAACAAACUGUCGAUGCCCAGCUAGUGGAUGUUGAAAUUCCGCUGACCCUGGAGAGGCUGUCCGAACUACGUGUCUUUGAAUUUGGUCAGGAAAUCCAGGACAUAUCUGGACAGGCUUCUGGGGAAGCUGCCUUAGAGACAAUUCUUAAGAAGGUGGAAGAUUCUUGGAAAACAACUGAAUUUGUCAUUCUUCCUCACCGUGACUCUAAGGACGUAUUUAUCCUGGGUGGCACAGAUGACAUACAGGUCCUUCUUGAUGACAGCACCAUCAACAUCGCAACCAUCGCCUCAUCGCGGUACGUGGGCCCCCUGAAGUCUCGCGUGGAUGACUGGCAGAAGCAACUUGCCUUAUUUAAUCAAACACUGGAAGAGUGGCUGAACUGUCAGAGAAACUGGCUCUACCUAGAAAGCAUCUUUAAUGCCCCGGAUAUUCAGAGGCAGCUGCCUGCGGAAGCCAAGAUGUUCCUUCAGGUGGAUAAGUCAUGGAAGGAAAUCAUGAGGAAGGUGAACCGGCUGCCUAAUGCGCUCCGAGCUGCUACUCAGCCAGGGCUUCUGGAGACUUUUCAAAACAAUAAUGCAUUACUUGACCAAAUUCAGAAGUGUCUGGAGGCAUAUUUAGAGUCGAAGAGAGUUAUCUUUCCAAGGUUUUACUUCCUGUCAAAUGACGAGCUCCUGGAGAUUUUGGCCCAGACACGAAAUCCACAAGCCGUGCAGCCUCACCUAAGGAAAUGCUUCGACUCCAUUUCAAAGCUCGAGUUUGCGCUCAUGCCUCCGACAGAAGGGAAAAUUCCCGGCAUGGAUACUGAGCCAGAAAGGGUCUUCACCAAUGAUAUUUUGGCAAUGCUGUCGCCUGAGGGAGAGAGGGUCGGCCUGGGGAAGGGCCUCAAAGCGAGAGGCAAUGUGGAAGAAUGGCUCGGCAAGGUGGAGGAAGCCAUGUUCACGUCCCUCCGCCGCCUGUGCAAGGCUGCCAUCGCUGACUACCAGGGGAAGCCCAGGACAGAGUGGGUGACUGCUGGCCACCCUUCCCAAGUGAUCCUGACCAUCUCUCAGAUCAUGUGGUGCCGGGAUCUGACCGAGGGUCUAGAAUGCGAAGGGAGCCACCUAGAGGCCCUGGAAGAGUUUGAAAAGGUCAAUUUUGAGAGAUUGAACGCCCUGGCUGCACUAGUUCGAGGCUCUCUUCCUAGGCUGCACAGAAACAUCAUAACUGCAUUGAUUACCAUUGAUGUGCAUGCGAGAGAUAUAGUUACUGAGCUGGUUCAAACCAAGGUAGACUCAGCCGACUCCUUUGACUGGCAGCGACAACUGCGCUAUUAUUGGGAUAUAGACCUGGAUAACUGUGUGGCUAGGAUGGCACUCUCCCAGUACACCUACGGCUACGAGUAUUUGGGAGCAUGCCCAAGACUGGUCAUCACUCCUCUCACGGAUCGUUGCUAUCUUUGCCUUAUGGGGGCUUUGCAGCUGGAUCUCGGAGGCGCACCUGCCGGGCCUGCUGGCACUGGGAAAACAGAGACCACCAAAGACCUAGCAAAAGCUCUAGCCAUCCAGUGUGUGGUCUUCAACUGCUCUGAUGGUUUGGACUACAAGAUGAUGGGGCGCUUCUUCAGUGGCUUGGCGCAGUCAGGGGCCUGGUGCUGCUUUGACGAAUUCAACCGAAUUGACAUUGAAGUCUUGUCAGUCAUUGCCCAGCAACUCAUCACCAUCAGGAAUGCCAAGGCUGCAAAGCUGUCCAGAUUCAUGUUUGAGGGCCGGGAAAUCAAGCUCGUCAUGACCUGUGCCGCUUUCAUCACCAUGAACCCCGGCUACGCUGGCAGAACGGAACUGCCGGACAACCUGAAAGCCCUGUUCAGACCAUUCGCCAUGAUGGUUCCCAAUUACGCGCUGAUCGCAGAGGUAAUUCUGUAUUCGGAAGGCUUUGAAUCCAGUAAGAUACUAGCGAGAAAGAUGACGCAGAUGUACAAGCUCUGCAGUGAGCAGCUGUCCCAGCAGGAUCACUAUGACUUUGGCAUGAGAGCUGUCAAGUCCGUACUGGUCAUGGCUGGGUCUCUAAAAAGAGAGAACCCAGACCUAAGCGAAGAUGUGGUCCUCAUCAGAGCUCUACGAGACUCCAACUUGCCGAAAUUCUUAACAGAUGACGCUCUCCUGUUCAGUGGGAUCAUAUCUGAUCUUUUUCCUGGAGUCCAAAUCCCGGAACACGACUAUGGCAUUCUGCAGUCGACAAUCGUGGACGUCAUGAUUGGACAAAACCUUCAGCCUGAGUUGUGUAUGGUCAAGAAGGUGAUACAGUUGUACGAAACUAUGCUGGUGAGGCACGGCGUUAUGUUAGUCGGACCGACAGGAGGGGGCAAGACCACAGUUUAUCAAGUAUUAGCAGAAACUUUAGGGAAUCUGGAAAAACUCAACACAGGCAAAUCUUUCUAUCAGCCUGUAAAAACCUAUGUUCUUAACCCGAAAUCCAUCACCAUGGGUGAGUUGUACGGGGAGGUCAAUAACAUAACCUUGGAAUGGAAGGAUGGUUUGAUGGCACUCAGCGUCCGAGCAGCCGUGAACGAUACUUCCGAAGACCAUAAAUGGAUAAUCAGUGAUGGACCGGUGGAUGCUCUCUGGAUUGAAAAUAUGAACACGGUGUUGGACGACAACAAGAUGCUGUGUCUGGCUAACAGCGAAAGGAUUAAACUCACUCCUCAAAUCCACAUGCUUUUUGAGGUACAAGAUCUCAAGGUGGCCUCUCCUGCGACUGUCAGCAGAUGCGGAAUGGUGUUUGUGGAUCCGGAAGAACUCAAGUGGAUGCCUUAUGUUAAAACAUGGAUGAGCAAAAUGUCCAAAAGAGUAAGUGAGCAAAUGAAGCUGAACACGUUACUGUGCCAGACUUUCGUGUUCUGUUAUUUGUGGUCUCUGGGUGGAAACUUAACUGAAAAUUACUGGGAUUCUUUCGAUACAUUUAUUAGAACACAAUUUGAUGAUAAUCCUGAUGCGAGGCUGCCCAGUUCUGGGGAUCUGUGGAGCAUUCAUGUAGACUUUGACACCAAACGCUUGGACCCCUGGGAACGUAUCAUACCCACCUUCAAGUACAGCAAGGAGGUCCCAUUCUUUGAGAUGCUCGUCCCUACAACAGACACAGUGCGCUAUGGCUAUCUAAUGGAAAAGCUGCUGGCGGUCAAGCAUUCGGUGUUGUUUACAGGAACCACUGGAGUUGGCAAGUCUGUUAUUGUGAAAGGAUUGCUGAACAGAAUUCAAGAAUCAGCAGGCUAUGUCCCUGUUUACCUGAAUUUUUCUGCCCAAACGUCCUCUGCAAGGACACAAGAGAUCAUUGAGUCAAAACUGGAAAGAAAAAGAAAAAAUAUUCUAGGAGCACCAGGAAAUAAGCGCGUUGUGAUUUUUGUUGAUGAUCUGAAUAUGCCCCGACUGGAUCGCUACGGCUCCCAACCACCAAUUGAAUUGCUUCGGCAGUAUCAAGAUUUUGGUGGAUUUUAUGAUAGAAACAAACUUUUCUGGAAAGAAAUACAGGACGUAACAAUCGUAUCAGCAUGUGCACCUCCAGGAGGGGGCCGCAACCCUGUGACACCCCGCUUCAUCCGACACUUUAGCAUGAUGUGCCUCCCGAUGCCCUCAGAGCAAAGUCUAAAGCAGAUUUUCCAGGCCAUCUUGAAUGGCUUCCUGAAUGACUUCCCACCAGCUGUAAGGCAAACUUCAUCAAACAUCGUGGAAGCUGCGGUUGAGAUUUACAACAGGAUGAGCGUCGAUCUCCUGCCAACCCCAGCCAAGUCCCAUUACGUCUUUAACCUGAGAGAUUUAUCCAAGUGUGUGCAAGGUAUUCUGCAAUGUGAUCCAGGAACAAUAAGGGAAGAAAUUCAAAUAUUUAGACUGUUUUGCCAUGAAUGCCAACGAGUGUUCCAUGAUCGAUUGAUCAGUAAUGAAGACAAGCACUACUUCCAUGUCAUUUUGACAGAAAUGGCCAACAAGCACUUUGGAAUAGCGAUUGACCUGGAAUAUUUUCUAAACAGGCCUAUCAUCUUUGGGGAUUUCAUUAAGUUUGGAGCAGAUAAGUCUGACCGCAUCUAUGAUGAUCUGCCUGACAUGGAGAAAAUUGGGAAUGUCCUGCAGGACUAUCUUGAUGACUAUAACCUCACAAACUCUAAGGAAGUCAAGCUGGUGUUCUUCCAGGAUGCCAUAGAGCACGUGUCAAGGAUUGCACGGAUGAUCCGCCAGGAAAGAGGCAACGCCCUGCUGGUCGGGGUAGGGGGCACAGGAAAGCAGUCCCUUACAAGACUCGCAGCUCACAUAUGUGGUUACAAGUGCCUGCAGAUUGAACUUAGCCGAGGGUAUAAUUAUGACAGUUUCCAUGAAGACCUGAGGAAGUUGUACAAAAUGGCUGGUGUGGAAGACAAAAAUAUGGUUUUCCUUUUCACAGAUACCCAGAUUGUCGUAGAAGAGUUCCUUGAAGACAUAAAUAAUAUUCUAAAUUCGGGUGAAGUGCCCAAUUUAUUCGAAAAGGAUGAGCUGGAGCAGGUUUUAGCAGCCACCCGACCAAAAGCAAAGGAAGUUGGAAUUUCCGAGGGGAACAGAGAUGAGGUGUUCCAGUAUUUCAUCAGCAGAGUGCGGCAGAAGCUGCACAUUGUUCUCUGCAUGAGCCCAGUUGGCGAGGCCUUCAGGUCCCGGUGCCGGAUGUUCCCAUCCCUGGUGAACUGCUGCACCAUCGACUGGUUUGUCCAGUGGCCCAGAGAAGCACUUCUGUCUGUAUCAAAGACCUUUUUCUCAGCUGUCGACACUGGAAGUGACGAUCUAAAAGAAAAGCUUUCCCUCAUGUGUGUGAACGUGCACCUGAGUGUCUCCCAGAUGGCGGACCGCUACUACAGUGAGCUGCGCAGGCGCUACUACACCACGCCCACCUCCUACCUGGAGCUAAUCAACCUCUACCUGACCAUGCUCACUGAGAAAAGGAAGCAGUUAGUUUCGGCACGAGAUCGUGUGAAGAAUGGUCUCACCAAGCUAUUAGAAACAAACAUAUUAGUGGAUAAAAUGAAACUAGACCUUUCGGCUUUAGAACCUGUGCUACUACAGAAAUCACAAGACGUUGAAGCCCUGAUGGAAAAGCUGGUGGUGGAUCAAGAAAAUGCUGAUCAGGUCCGAAAUGUUGUGCAAGAAGAUGAAGCAAUAGCAAAAGUGAAAGCCGAAGAGACUCAAGCGAUAGCGGAUGAUGCCCAGAGAGACCUUGAGGAAGCGCUCCCUGCCCUGGACGCUGCCAAUAAAGCGCUGGAUUCCUUAGAUAAAGCGGAUAUAUCUGAAAUCAGAGUCUUCACAAAGCCCCCUGAUUUGGUCAUGACUGUGAUGGAAGCCAUCUCCAUCCUCUUAAAUGCCAAGCCCGACUGGCCAACAGCAAAGCAGCUUCUUGGUGACUCUAACUUCCUGAGGAGGCUUUUAGAAUACGAUAAGGAAAACAUCAAACCUCAGAUACUGGCAAAGCUUCAAAAGUACAUCCACAAUCCUGACUUCGUGCCCGAGAAGGUGGAGAAGGUGUCCAAAGCCUGUAAAUCCAUGUGCAUGUGGGUGAGAGCCAUGGAUCUGUACUCUCGGGUGGUCAAGGAAGUUGAACCGAAGAGGCAGAAACUCAGAGCUGCCCAGGCCGAACUUGACAUUACAAUGGCCACUCUGAAAGAGAAGCAAGCGUUGCUGAAAAAAGUGGAGGAUCAAAUAAAGGCUUUGCAAGACGAGUACGACAAAGGCGUGAAUGAGAAAGAAAGUCUGGCAAGGAACAUGGCCCUGACCAAAGCGCGCCUGGUACGUGCAGGAAAGCUGACAGCUGCCUUAGGAGACGAGCAGGUCCGGUGGGAAGAAAGCAUUGAGAAGUUCCAGGAGGAGAUAGCGAACAUCGUUGGCAAUGUGUUUAUAGCAGCGGCCUGUGUGGCUUAUUAUGGGGCUUUCACGGCUCAGUACAGGCAGUUGCUUAUAGAGUGCUGGAUUGAGUCCUGCCUGGUCCUGCACAUCCCGAUUGACCCUUCCUUCAGUCUCAUUAACACUCUUGGAGAUCCCUACGAAAUCCGGCAGUGGAACACUGACGGGCUGCCCAGAGACUUGAUAUCAACGGAAAAUGGCAUUUUGGUUACUCAGGGGAGAAGGUGGCCUUUGAUGAUUGAUCCCCAAGAUCAGGCCAACCGCUGGAUAAGAAACAAGGAGAGCAAGAGCGGGCUAAAGGUCAUUAAGCUUACAGACAACAAUUUCUUGCGGAUUCUAGAAAAUUCUAUCCGGCUGGGUUUGCCUGUCUUGCUGGAAGAGCUCAGAGAAGUCCUGGAUCCAGCCCUGGAACCCAUUCUUUUAAAGCAAACUUUCAUCAGUGGCGGAAGACUACUCAUCCGCCUCGGAGAUUCAGACAUCGAUUACGACAAGAGCUUCAGGUUCUAUAUGACAACAAAAAUGCCGAACCCACACUACCUGCCUGAGGUGUGCAUCAAAGUCACCAUAAUCAAUUUCACUGUAACUAAAUCAGGUCUGGAAGAUCAGCUGCUAAGUGACGUGGUGCGGCUUGAAAAACCUGAGUUGGAGGAACAGCGAAUCAAGCUCAUCGUGAGGAUCAAUACUGACAAAAACCAGCUGAAAUCCAUUGAAGACAAAAUCCUGAAGUUGCUCUUUACGUCUGAAGGGAAUAUUCUGGAUAACGAAGAACUCAUCGAUACGCUCCAGGACUCAAAGAUCACUUCGGGUGCCAUUAAAACCAGGCUGAAGGAGGCAGAGUCCACGGAGCUGAUGAUCAACAUAGCUCGAGAGAAGUACCGCCCAGUGGCCACGCAGGGCUCCGUGAUGUACUUCGUCAUCGCUAGCCUCUCAGAAAUCGACCCCAUGUAUCAGUAUUCGCUCAAGUAUUUUAAACAGCUGUUCAACACAACGAUAGAAACUUCCGAGAAGGCCGACGAUCUGCAGUACCGCCUGACCAUCCUCCUGCAGCAGACCCUGCUCACUGCAUACACCAAUGUUUCCCGGGGGCUCUUCGAGCAGCACAAGCUCAUCUAUAGCUUCAUGCUCUGCGUUGAGAUCAUGCGCCAGCAAGGGCAGCUGACUGAGCCUGAGUGGAAUUUCUUCCUCCGCGGCGCUGCAGGAAUGGAGAAGGAGCGCCCUCCUAAGCCGGAAGCUUCCUGGCUGCCUCUUCAAAUGUGGUUCUCGUGCUGUGACUUAGAAGAAACCUUUCCAGUGUUUGAAGGACUUACAAAAAGUAUCCUGUUACACCCCAUUUCCGUGCGCAUAGGAUCUUUUGAGACCUAUAUUAACCCACAGAAUUGGGACGGCUAUACUAAAUCAAAACAGGAAGAGGGAAAGGACCGGAUUUGGGGUUCAGACUUCAGCUCUUUCCAUAAGCUAAUUCUUAUUAAAUGCUGCAAAGAAGAAAAGGUGGUUUUUGCUCUUACAGACUUUGUGAUAGAGAAUCUUGGCAAGCAGUUUAUCGAGACACCUCCAGUAGACCUGGCCACUCUGUAUCAGGACAUGUCGAGCAGCACACCCCUGGUGUUCAUCUUGAGCACAGGCUCAGAUCCCAUGGGCGCCUUUCAAAGGUUUGCCCGGGAGAGUGGGUAUGCAGAACGAGUGCAGUCCAUUUCUCUGGGCCAGGGACAAGGCCCCAUUGCCGAGAAGAUGAUCAAGGAUGCAAUGAAGACUGGAAACUGGGUGUUCCUGCAGAACUGCCAUCUUGCUGUCUCCUGGAUGCUGGCCAUGGAAGAGCUGAUCAAAACCUUCACAGAUCCAAAUCAGGCCAUCAAGGAGACAUUCCGACUUUUUCUAAGCUCCAUGCCUAGUCCAACAUUUCCUGUGACAGUCCUUCAGAACUCUGUCAAGGUAACCAAUGAGCCUCCAAAGGGCUUACGUGCAAAUAUCAGAAGAGCCUUUACUGAGAUGACACCUUCCUUUUUUGAAGAAAAUAUACUUGGAAAAAAAUGGAGACAACUAAUAUUUGGCAUUUGUUUCUUCCAUGCAAUUAUUCAGGAGAGAAAGAAGUUUGGCCCCCUUGGCUGGAAUAUCUGCUAUGAAUUUAAUGACAGUGAUAGAGAAUGUGCCUUGCUGAACCUCAACCUUUACUGCCACGAAGGGAAGAUCCCCUGGGAUGCUCUAAUUUACAUUACUGGUGAAAUUACCUACGGUGGGCGAGUGACCGACACCUGGGACCAGAGAUGUCUUCGAACUGUCUUGAAAAGAUUUUUCUCUCCCGAGACACUGAGUGAUGACUAUAAAUACUCAGAAUCAGGCAUCUAUUUCUCCCCCUUGGCUGACAGUCUGCAAGAGUUUAAGGAUUAUAUUGAAGAUCUACCUUUGAUAGAUGAUCCAGAAAUUUUUGGAAUGCAUGAAAAUGCCAACCUUGUUUUUCAGUACAAGGAGACCAACACCCUCAUCAACACCAUCCUUGAGGUUCAGCCAAGAUCCUUCUCGGGUGGCGAGGGGAAGAGCAAUGAUGAGAUCGUCCAGGAGCUUGUUGCUUCAAUCCGGACCAGAGUUCCAGAAGUCCUGCAAAUGGAGGGAGCUUCCGAGAGCCUUUUUGUCAAGGACGCUCAAGGCCGCCUGGACUCUCUGACCACCGUCCUUGGCCAGGAAGUGGACCGGUUCAACAACCUGCUGAAGUUGAUACAUAUUUCUCUAGAAACACUCAACAAAGCCAUUGCUGGACUUGUGGUGAUGUCCGAAGAAAUGGAAAAAGUGUAUCAGAGUUUCCUCAACAACCAGGUUCCCUCUCUUUGGUCUAACACAGCCUACCCAUCGCUGAAGCCGCUGGGAUCGUGGGUCAAAGACCUUAUUCUGAGGACUGCAUUCAUCGAUCUGUGGCUCAAAAGAGGACGGCCCAAAUCCUUCUGGAUUUCCGGGUUCUUCUUUCCUCAAGGAUUCCUCACAGGAACUCUUCAGAACCAUGCUCGAAAAUAUAAUUUGCCUAUAGAUGAACUGAGUUUCAAGUAUAACAUGAUUCCAGUCUACCGAAAUCAAGCCUCAGUGAUAGAAGCUGCCAAGGACAUUAAGUUUGGAGAAGAACUGCCCAUGGACCUGCAGUUGCCCUCUCCUGAAGAUGGAGUUCUUGUUCAUGGGAUGUUCAUGGAUGCUUCUCGGUGGGAUGAUCAAGAGAUGGUCAUAGAGGACGCACUGCCAGGACAGAUGAACCCCAUGCUGCCUGUAGUUCAUUUUGAACCACAACAAAACUACGAGCCAAUCCAAACACUCUACCACUCCCCACUCUAUAAGACAGGAGCGCGGGCAGGAACACUUUCAACUACAGGCCAUUCCACCAACUUCGUGGUGACCGUCCUCUUACCCUCCAAGCGGCCCAACGACUACUGGAUCUCCAAGGGAUCCGCGUUGCUCUGCCAGCUGAGUGAGUGAUGGGGCCGUGCUCAUCCAGAGGUCCUCCCUGAUGGAGAGAAAGUGACUUCUAACCUGACCUAAGUGUACCUGCUGCAGCUGUCGUUUCUCCCAUGACCAAAAAUAAAGUGGUUUUGCGUUG